AUGGCCAAGGACGAGGGGCUUCCGCUCGUGCAAUCGCCGCCGCCUUUGUCGCCGCCGCACCACUCGCUCCUCGGGCUCACGUACAUAGCGGCCUCAGCGCUGACUUUUAGCCUCAUGUCCAGCGCCAUCAAGUACGAGAGCUUUACGAUCGCGGCCAUGGAGACGGUCUUUUGGCGCUCCAGCAUCGCCGGCCUCAUCAACCUCGUGUUUGUAUGGUACCUCGGCAUCUCGCUCGCGGUGGCGCCGGCCGACCGCCGCAAUCUGGCGACGCGCAGCCUCGUCGGUUUUUUCUCGAUGGCGACGGGCUUCUACACCAUGUCGCAGCUCGUGCUUGCAGACUCGAGCGUGAUCAUCUUUACCAGCCCCGUCAUGUCCUUCUUCCUCGGCGCCUUGUUCCUGCACGAGGCCAUCGACGGCGUCAACUUUUGCUGUGCGCUCGUCUGCUUUGUCGGCGUCGGCUUUGUCGCGCGGCCAGCGUGGCUCGUCGGCGUCUCAAAUGAUGCGCCGCCGUCGCCGACGCUCGCGGUGUGCACGGGCCUCCUCUCGGCCGCGCUCCAAGCGCUCGACUACGUCUUCGUGCGCAAGCUCAAGCACGUGCAUUUCCUCGCGAUGAUCCACUACUUUAGCCUCACGUGCAGCCUUGGGUCGCUGCUUGCGAUGGCGAUCUCGCCGACGAAUGUGACGCUGGAUCUCGGCUACCUCUGGCUUCUGGCGCUGGUGAGCGGCGUCCUCGGCUUCCUCGGGCAAGUCUGCAUGACCAAGGGCUUCCAGCUUGAAGAUGUCGGCACCGGCUCGGUCAUGCGCUACCUCGACAUCGUCUUCGUGUUCAUCUGGGACACGAUCUUCCUCCAUGAGGUCAUUAGCCCAUGGAGCAUGCUUGGCGCCGCUAUCAUCAUGGCCUCGGCCAUCACGAUUGCGCUCCGACGGGCGCGCCGGCCGCCACCGAUUCUUGUUGUCGCGUAG